AAAUUACAAAAAUAUUGUAUAAUCUAGAAAAGCAUUUUAAAUCUUUAUGAGAUAAGUAAAUAUAAAUCACCAGUUUAUGUUGCGUUUUUUACUUUAAAUAUAUAUAUAUAUAAAGCACCUUUAAAUAGAACUUUUUUUUUAAUUUCUCCAUCAGAUUGAAUAUUAGAAUCUUUAAAAAUGCUUGUAGAAUUUGAUUUCUUAAAUGUAUUAUUAAAUAAUUUUAUAUCUAAACUAUCCAUAUCUUCUAACGCUUUUGUAAUAUCUUCUAAAUUUGCAUUUGAAAUUUCAGAGUGAUCAACCAUCUGUGUGAAAUUUGAUAAAAAUUAAAUAAGUAAUUACAUUAUACAAGAAAUGGUUCUAUAAUACAUUUUCUAUUUUCUACUCAUUUCGUUUCACUACAACUAGUAAUAGUAACACCUUCAGAAAAAUAUUAAUUAGUUCUUUAAUCUUCUUAGUCUUUUUUCAUUUAUCUGUAAAUCACUGAUUUAGUUAUUAAUUAAAUGUAAUUAAUUUAAUAUUUAAUUAAUAGUCACACUAAUUGUAUGGACUAUUAGCUUUAUUCAUGCUUGAAACUAUGUUACUUAAAUUGAUUUGCAUUCAAGUGAAUGGUUUCUAUGGCGAUGUACGUGCAUACAUACAUAUAUACAUAGUAAAGAAUAAUGAAAAAUAAAUAUGUUCUAAUAUUUAUUAUAUUUUAUCAUUUGAGAAAUUUACAACGUUUUUAAUAAUAUACGAUAUUUGUUGUAUAUUUACGGAGAAUUGUUUAUGAACUACCUACUGUCAGAUUUCUAUACGCAUGCUCAUUUCGACGUAUCAAAAAGUGGGGAAAUGGCAAAAGAUAGUAGGGGAACUUAAUGAAAGUGGAGUUUUUUGGUACCGCAUACAUAUCCUAUAUUCACUCUAAUCAAUAAUACGUUAGAAACUGUUGAUAUACGAAUGUUAGUAUUAAGCAAUUGCCCUCUCUGAUCUUUCACGUUUUUAGUAAAUUUGAAUUUCUUGUUGCACGAGAUAGCGAUGCAGAGUGUCAUUAAUUCUGUAAAAGGUACUGCGCUUGGUGUUGCCGAAUACUUAACCCCUGUGUUAAAGGAAAGUAAAUUUCGCGAAACUGGAGUAUUAACACCGGAGGAGUUUGUAGCAGCUGGUGAUCAUUUGGUACAUCACUGUCCAACAUGGCAAUGGGCUACUGGUGAUGAAGAUAGAAUAAAAUCUUAUCUUCCUAAAACAAAACAGUUUUUGCUAACACGUAAUGUUCCUUGUACUCGCAGAUGUAAACAGAUUGAAUACAGCAAAGAACAAGAAUGUAUUAUAGAAGAAGAUGAUCCAGAAGGUGGUUGGGUCGAUACACAUCAUUAUGAUUCAAGUCUUGGCGGAAUUGAAGAAAGAGUAACUGAAAUGACAUUAGAUGAACCACAACUUUCCCAAUCAAUUGGUGCGGAGGAAAAUACUGACAAUAUUGAUGGUGAUGAUGGUGAUGAUGAUGAUGACGACGAUGAUGAAGAUGCUGCAGAUAUGGAAGCUUUUGAAGUCAGUGGAAUGUUAGAUGAACAAGAUAAGUAUGCAGCAAAAACUAUAAAGAAACCAGCCAAAGAAAAAUGGGAACCAUUUUCUGAAGGAGAAAUUAUUCAUACACGUACAUACGAUUUAUAUAUUACAUAUGAUAAAUAUUAUCAAACUCCUCGGUUAUGGCUUUCAGGAUAUGAUGAGAAUCGUAAGCCUUUGAAAGUAGAAGAAAUGUAUGAGGAUGUUAGUCAGGAUCAUGCUAAAAAGACUGUUACAAUGGAGGUACAUCCUCAUAUUCCUGGACCAUUAAUGGCUUCAGUUCAUCCUUGCAGGUAAUUUUAAGUAAAUUAAUGUUUUUAUUAGCAUAAAAAUUAUCAUGACUGAAAUAAAAUUAUGCAGACAUGCUGAAGUAAUGAAGAAGAUUAUUGAAACUGUAAUGGAAGGUGGUCGUGAACUUGGAGUACAUAUGUACCUUAUAAUAUUUCUCAAAUUUGUGCAAUCUGUAAUUCCUACAAUCGAAUAUGAUUAUACACAAAAUUUUAUGCUAAACACAUCUGGUUAAUAGCUUUAUAAAUUUUCAUUGUACCUUAAGAAUAAACGUGAUUUUAGUUUAUAAGUAUAUAUAUAACAGAAUUAAGAGAUUUGUGAAGCAUAUAAUAUAAUAAAUAAUUUCAAUUCAGAAAACUACAAGCUUGUAUGUAUACAAGAUAUUUGAAUAUAAAAUUUUAAUUUUGUUGACUUUAUGUAUUACUUGCCAAAAUUUGUAUCAUUUUAUUUUGUUAUUUUAUUAUUAUUGUUAUUAUUGUUAUUAUAAAAGCAAAAUAAUUAAUAUUUUCUAACAAAGACUAUAAACUAUUUUAAAUUAUAUAUAAAUUUAUAAAAUUAUAUAUUAAUAGUAAAAAGUAAAAUAUAUAAAAAAAUUUAAUUUUUUACUGAACCAUAUUUGUAUUUCAUUAAGAUCAUUUUUUACCCAUUAAAUUUUACUUUCAUUACACGAAAUCUAUCUGACAGAAAGAUAGGUAUCCAGUGAUAGAAAUGUUACAUGUACAGAAAUGCAUAACAUAUUAGACCUGAUGAAUCUAUAGAAAAUCUGUAUUUCUUCUCUGAUUUCGAAGAUUUUUUGAAUAUGUUGUAGAAACCAACUUUUUUAAACAACAUAUAACCAACGGUCGAGCCUACUUUCCGAAAUAUUCGCAGAAAACUAUACAGUAAAUUCUGUUUAUAAUUGUACGUUUAGAGCAGCGUAUUUGUUAGCAUUAGUUGUCGGCUAUUUCAACAUAAUACAUUUAAAAAUCAUCUAAAUCUGUAAGAUGAACAUCUUGAUCUUAAUUUUUUUCGAUAUCAUGCACUUAAUACUUUUUUAUUCAGAGUGACACGAGAAUCGUACAAAAAAAAGGAUCAGAGUUCCAUUAAAAAAUAA